AGCUGAUAAAGCACAAAAGCUUUAUCGCACUUGAAUUGUUCUAAACUUGACCUUCAACUAUAGAAAUCAAAGCUGAAUGAGAAAAUAAAGUUUAAGCAAAAUUUUAACAAAAAUGAAAGAAAGCAUAAUGUGAUAAGCGAGUGAUAUAAUAUCGUAGACAGCAAAUAAAAAGAACGCCUUCACGUGAUUCCUGGUGUACCUAGGGCAGAUUUCUUAACCCUCGUGUUUCUCCUAUUUUUGAAAAAACACUCACUCAAGGAUGGCAACAGCUGGCAAGCCAAUCACCUGCCGAGCUGCAGUUGUAUGGGAAGUGGGACAACAAUACUCCAUUGAAAAAGUCGAAGUAGAUGUUCCAAAAAAAGGAGAAGUUCGAGUUAGAAUGACAUCAGCUGGCCUUUGUCAUUCAGACGUUCAUAUGCAGCAUGGAAGUGACAAAAAUUGGUCAUUCCCAACUGUCCUAGGCCACGAAGGUGCUGGUAUAAUCGAAAGUCUAGGAGAAGGCGUUGAUAGGUUUGAAAAAGGUGACAUCGUAGUGUGUACAUUCGAAGCAUACUGCAGGGACUGCGACUACUGUAUGAGCCCAAAAACAAAUGUGUGCCGAAAACAGCCAAGAAACAAUCUGCAAAUGGAUGGUACCUCUCGUAUUGCAGCCAAAGGGAAGAAAUGCAGUCAAAUGGGUUCCUUAGGAUUAUUUUCUGAAUAUAUCGUAACAUCUCAAUUUAAUGUUACAAAAGUGAACCCUAAAGCCAACCCCAACACCCUUUGUCUAGCUGGCUGUUGUAUUCCUACUGGUUAUGGAGCUGCAAUGAAUGCUGGGAAAGUUACACCAGGAUCAACUUGUGCCGUUUGGGGUCUUGGAGGAGUCGGUAUGUGUGUCAUCAUGGGAUGCCGAGACAGUGGAGCAUCUAAGAUUAUUGGCAUUGAUCCCAAUGCUAAAAAGUUUGAACUAGCCAAACAGUUUGGUGCAACUGAUUUUUUGAACCCUAAGGAAGUUAAAAGUGUGCCUGAAACUUUGGCUCAAAUGUGCAAAGAUGGCGUUGACUAUUGUUUUGUCUCGGUUGGAAUUCUUUCAGCUAUGGAAGAAGCAUUUAACUCUAGUCAUCCUUAUUGGGGUAAGACUGUAAUUGUUGGCCUGAAUGAUACUGGAUCGACAAUGAAAGCAGGGGUCUGGGAGUUGUUAUACGGCAGACAACUGGUUGGCACAUAUUAUGGAUCUUACACGGCAGUUCGUGAUAUUCCUCAUCUUGUUGAUAAAGUCUUGAAUGGACAAAUACAGUUAGAAAAACUGAUUUCUCAUCGUCUACCACUAGAUAAAAUCAAUGAAGGCUUUGAUUUACUGAGAACUGGCCAAUCGUUAAGGGCAAUCAUUGAUUUUGACAUUAAAGCCUAAAGAAGGAGAAUUUCUGACUGUUAGUAGACUGUAGUCCAAAGUUACGGAAAUCCUUACGUAGCUUAUGAACAACAUAGAGCAACAGUUUCAUUUGAAUGUUGAUAAAGACUGCUAAGAAAAUUCAAGUCAUAUUGAGUUUUAUAAUUAUAAUUUUUCUGUAAUCUACAUAAAUAAACAUAUUAUUUAAAACUUU